AUGGCGACAGCAAGGUUCAUUAGCCUUUUCACUCUCGCACUUUUAUUCACUAUUUUCGCAUUCAACCUUGUUGAAUCGGCUCCUUCUGUCAAACAACCACCAGAAUGUGUAUGUAUUCGGUUUCCGUGUUAUUGUGAUCCACGUCCUUAUCCACC